ACCAGGAGGAGGAGUGGACAUUUUUAUUGCAAACGGGAUUCUUAGGGACGGAACUGUGUUCCUAAAUCCCUUUGUUGACGCGCUGGCCUCCAGCGCCUCGGAAGUGGCUGUAUUUGGAGACGGGGCCUUUCAAGAAGUGGUCCAGGUAAAAUGAGGCCCUUAGUGCGGGCCCUAAAAAGGCAGUCGUAAAAGGGCACAGAGGAAAGCCCACGCGAGGACACAGGGACAAAACAGCCACCUGCGCGGCGAGGAGCGAGGCCUUGAAAAGGCUCCUUGAUCUUGGACUUGCCGCCUCCAGAGCUGUGAGGAGGAAGUGCCUUUCUGUUGCUCACGUCCCCGGUCGGUCCGUGGGAGUUUGUUGUGGCGGCGCCAGCAAACUAGCACAGGAUCUCCGUGGUUUAGUUUGAGUCUCUAGCUUGCUCAUCCUGCUCACUGUUUGUUUUGCUUGAAACACACAGGGGGUCCCGUCGCUGCCCCCCGCCCCUCACCAGGAAGUCCACCCCCAUCUUCCUCCUCCUCCUCCAGCUGCCGGGCCUCCCAGCCCCGGGCUCCCCCCGGGGUGUGAGGGGCGGCUCUGCGCGUCUCCGAGUCUCUGCCUCCCGGAUCUCGUGCCGCUCCCCCGCCCUGCCCUCCUGGCGGCGGGUAGGCGCCCCUGCUUCGGCGAGGACGUCAGUGGGUUUUAAGUGCCUAGUACCUGCCGAGAGGGGGCGCGGUCCCGGAGAAGCCUCCGGGCCUGGGAUCUAGAGAAGCCAGGACCACCGUGCAGGAGGCAGAGACCGCGCUGCCCGAGAGGUGGGGGGAAUGAGUUCGGGGACCACAGGGAGCCACCCUCGCGCACACGCGGGGGAGAUGCGCGAGAGAAGCGCCCCAGCCUCCCGCCGUCCAGAAACCCCUCCGCGCUUCGCCGGCCGCGCGGCCUGGGGUCUCCGCGCAGGGCGGCUGGGGGAAGGGGAGGACCCGUUGCAGCUCCUCCCCCGGACCCGGCCGCCGGGAUCCGCGAAAAGCAGAAGCAAGCGGCGAUCCCGGGAGUCCCGCCGGGAUGUAGGAAGAGAAACUUGCAGCCGUAACCCGGAGCCGUGCCCCGCGUUCUCUCAAGCUCUCGGAAGAGAGUCCCUGGGUUCGGGCAGGGAACCGAGCCACCUCCCGGCCCGCCCCGUCUCACUGGAUGACCGAAGAUCGGGCCCUUCCCCAUCCCCAACCCCACCCCCCGCUGCCCCGUGGCUGCUUCGCUGGGUGCACCUGCCCCGCCCAGCCCCGCCCCACCCGGUCUGCUGGUCCGGGGCAGGGAAGGGGCUGCCGGCGAGGACCGGACGGGUCCGCGCCCCCGAAAGGCCGCCGCCGGCGCCGCCGGGGCCCUGGAACGCGCACCUCCUCCCCCUUCCCGCGCCUUCUCAAGUCUCCCGGGCCUCCGCUGGACGCCCCGGGUCCCCCGCACCGUGCCUUCCAGGGCCUCGGACUCCCGCGCGACCCCGCAUCCUCUUGUCCACUCCUUCGUACCCCGCACCGGGUUCCCUGAGCCUCUCCGGGCCUCCCCUCGAUCCCCAGGACGGUGCGGGUCGGGUCUCCUCAAGCCCCUCCGGCUGCCCAGGCAGGAGCUCGCCAUGCUCCGGCUCCAGGCGCUGCUGCUCCCGCUGCUGCUGCUGCUGCCGCCGCCGCCGCCGGCCGCGCGAGCCCGGGAGCCCUCGGCGCAGGACGUGAGCCUGGGCGUGGACUGGCUCACCCGCUAUGGGUACCUGCCGCCUCCUCACCCUGCCCAGGCCCAGCUGCAGAGCCCCGCAAAGCUGAGGACGGCGAUCAAGGUCAUGCAGAGGUUUGCGGGACUGCCUGAGACAGGCCUCCUGGACCCCCUGACAGUGGCCACCAUGCAUAAGCCCCGUUGCUCCCUGCCUGACGUGCUGGGGGUGGCGGGGCUGGUCAGGCGGCGGCGCCGGUAUGCGCUGAGCGGGAGCGUGUGGAAGAAGCGAACCCUGACGUGGAGGGUGCUCUCCUUCCCGCGGGGCUCAGCGCUGAGCCCAGACACAGUGCGGAGCCUCCUGCACCACGCCCUGGCCGCCUGGGGCCUCGAGUCGGGCCUCACAUUCCUGGAGGUGGGUUCUGAGAGCCCGGCGGAGCCUGACAUCAUCGUUGACUUCGUCCGGGCCUACCACCAGGACAGCUACCCCUUCGAUGGGCAGGGUGGCACCCUGGCCCACGCCUUCUUCCCUGGAGAGCACCCCAUCUCUGGGGACACUCACUUCGACGAUGAGGAGACCUGGACUUUUGGGGCUCAAGACGGCGAAGGGACGGACCUGUUUGCAGUGGCUGUUCACGAGUUUGGCCAUGCCCUCGGCCUGGGCCACUCCUCGGCACCCGGCUCCAUCAUGAGGCCCUUUUACCAGGGCCCGGUCGGCAACCCCUCCGAGUACCGCCUGUCCCAGGACGACCGUGAAGGCCUGCAGCAGCUCUACGGGAAAGCACCCCAGACCCCGUAUGACAAGCCCACAAGGAAACCCCUGGCUUCUCCACCCCCGCCCCCUGCCCUGCCCCCUGACAGCCCCUCGCAACCCGUUCCUGACCGCUGCGAAGGCAAUUUUGACGCCAUCGCCAACAUCCGCGGAGAAACUUUCUUCUUCAAAGGCCCCUGGUUCUGGCGCCUGCAGCCCUCGGGCCAGCUGGUGUCCCCCCGGCCCGCCCGACUCCACCGCUUCUGGGAGGGGCUGCCCGCCCAGGUGCAGGUCAUCCAGGCCGCCUACGCCCGUCACCCGGACGGCCGGAUCCUCCUCUUUAGCGGCCCGCAGUUCUGGGUGUUCCAGGACCGGCGGCUAGAGGGCGCCCCGCGGUCGCUCACCGAGCUGGGGCUGCCCCCGCGAGAGCAGGUGGACGCCGUGUUCUCCUGGCCGCUCAACGGGAAGACCUACCUGGUCCGGGGCCAGCGCUACUGGCGCUACGACGAGGCGGCGGCGAGCCCCGACCCCGGCUACCCGCGCGACCUGAGCCUCUGGGAGGGGGCGCCGCACGCCCCCGACGAUGUCACCGUCAGCAACACAGGCGACACCUACUUCUUCAAGGGCGCCCACUACUGGCGCUUCCCCAAGGGCAGCGUCAAGGCGGAGCCGGACUCGCCGCAGCCCAUGGGUCCCAAGUGGCUGGACUGCCCCGCCCCCAGCCCCGGGCCCCGCGCCCCCAGGCCCCCCAAAGCCACCCUUCAGCCUGGGGCCUGCGAUUGUCAGUGCGAGAUCAAUCAGGGGCCGGGGCGGCUGUCCGCGCCCCUCCUGCUUCCCCUUCUCCCCCUGCUGGUGGGGGGCACCGCCUUAGGCUGACUGGGGACCCGUCGCUGCGCGGGAGGGGCGGGAUCGCCCCCGCGGGCCCUGGCGGCCUGCGGCUGUGGGAACCUCGGGCCCUGGGGGAGAACUCCACCAGACAGAGCUGGGUGCAGGCAUGGCGCUAAGGCCCGAGGCACCCGAGGGUGUUGACCAAGGGCUGGCCCUUGGACUGAAUGCUCCGUGUGAGCCGGCUUCUUCCCUGUCCUCAGGUUCCCAACCUGGACUCUGUCCCGGCUGGGAUGCCGCAGAACUCCUUUUCCGGGAAUACCCAGCCCUGCCCAGAGCUCAGCCCUCUGACUCCCUGUAGCCCUCCCUAGUCCUGCCUGGCAGCAGCAGCUGUUCCGGGGUGUUUGGGUCUUUCCAGCACAGGCCUGAUCUGGAAGCUGAACCCCAGCCCCGCAAUCCACCCGCUGUUCUGACCUAUCACGCUCCUGCUGAGGCCACGUUGGUGGGGACCCCAGACCCCGCCCUGAGCCCGCCCCUGAGCACCAGUGUCCCAGGUCCUAGGUGACACCAGUGGCCACGUGGAUGAUACGCCCCCACCCUGCCCCCAAGGACCUCCUUUCUUUCUGGUCACCACCCUGGUCCAGAGCUGCCCGAAUCCCACAGGACACCCUCCUGUCCCUAACAUACUGGUCCCCGCCUGCACACCUGAGCCCUGGCCGCCUCCCUCCUAAACUCCCUGGCUCCAGGGUCACUGCCUGCUCAGCAGUCCUGGCUGCAGAGUGGGUGGAAGCCGGGCCACCUCACUGCCCCCUACUGCCCCCGGAAUUCCGUGUCUUCAGCUCAGCUUUUGGACUUUUCCACAUCAGAAUGCGCCAGGGACCUUGAGAGUGAAGACCCCUUGGCCUCAGCCUGAAUCCUCCCUCUGGGGAUGGGAGCAGGAAUCUGCCUUUGAAGCCCUGGAGGUGGUGGCCCUGACUGGCCAGGUUGCUGGCUCCGUGACUCCUUGUCCUGGCGAUUCUGUGUCUCUGCCAUGUUCGCUGUCCCAGGUACCACCUUCACGUUCUCUAUGAGCCAAGCUGAUGGCCUUGAUAGAGAGCGGUCCCCCCAUGGGUGGAGUCACGUAUCGGCCACUUCUUGGGUUGCCACCCAACCUCAGCCGAGACGAGUGGGGACGUGUCCCACCUUGGUCACGGGCAGCAUGACCAGUAGGAGGGCGACAGCCAGGGGUCUUCACCCAGCUGGGACCUGAGAUUUCUAAGCCACCAGAAAGCCAUCAGGGCCUCUGCCAGGGUCCUUUCCAAGUAUGAGGAGGAGGAAAGUUGUAUUUUGAAGGCUUGUCUGGAGUUCCCGGGUGGCUCAGUGGAUUAGGCAUCCAUAACUGUCACUGCUGUGGUGCUGGUUGCCUCCCUGCCGUGGUUUGGGCCAAAAAAAUUUCAACUCAAAUAAAAAUAAAGACUUAUGUAACCCAGCAGGAGAACAAUGAAAA